AGGCAUUUGUAAAUUCCAAUGGAAGAAGACAAAUGGAACCAUGCUGCAAGAGUCAUUCAGAGGUGCUGGAAAAGAUGUAUUAAUGUCCGAGUUUUUCGAUACUACAAAGAACUGAUAGGCUUUAGAGGAGUUGGGGAUCCUCAUCUUCUGAUGAAAUGCAUUGACCCUAGAGAGGCAGAGUUACUAGAUGCUGCAGCAGGUGUUUAUAUCCGAUUCAGACUAGGUGGUACUAAAUAUCCUCCAAGUAUAUAUUACAAAAUAUUCACUCAUAGACCCAUCGUGGAUAUGUGUGCUAAUAGCCCUAAAGAUUAUACAAAGCCAGCAUACAAACAGCUGCUGCCAGAGGCUAUUCAUGGAAAGAUUUGGAAAGAUGACCGCAAUGGCUGGUACAAGCGUGUGGAGAAUAAUGGUUGGAGACUUCUUUCGAUCAGAUUUUGGAGGAACAUAGAUCCUGUAACUGCUGAGGACAACACAAAGGAAAAGGAAUUCCAUUACUCUAAGCUGAAGAGGAAACAAGACAUUGACCGGAGAAGAAAAAGGAGAAAAAUUGAAUGGAUGACAAAAAUGUAUCAUGCAGGAAGCUUGCGGGUCAAAACAGAGGACCCUACCACUGCAAUCUUAAUUCAGAGAAGUGCAGAAGGCAUCGUCGAUGCUAUUGAGAAAGAAGGAAUAGACAAUGUAAUGGAAUGGGAAGUGGAUGAACUGUUGCAAUGGACAAAUGCACUUAACUUUGAAGAAUAUAUUAGCCAGUGGAAAGAAAUUGCAACAAGCAACUCAUCAGCUAACUACCAGGGUUUCCAGUUUAUUGUAUCACAACAUGAUUCAGGUGAAUUCUCAGAGCUACCCCAUGGAAACAUCCAGGAAAGACCAAUCCAUUAACUUUAAUCCUAAUCCAUUAAUUUUAAAUGAAACAGACUUCAAGUCAGGGACAUCUAUAACACCGUUAAACUCUCCUUGUAAUCUCACAAUGGAUAACAAUUCUGAAUAAUUUUGCUCCUAUUCAUUAGGAUACUAUUUUGCUCUACUUCAAUUUGAUAUUAAAUGGAGCUAUAGUUU